AGUGGAAAGAAUGCCCCUUACAUUGGUAGUCAGUGGGAAGAAUGCCCCUUACAUUGGUAGUCAUUGGGAAGAUGUCCCUUACAUUGGUGUUCAUUGGUAAGAAUGCUCCUUACAUUGGUAGUCAGUGGGAAGAUCUCCCUUACGUGGUGGUCAGAAGAAUGCCACUUACAUUGGUAGUCAUUGGGAAGAUGCCACUUACAUUGGUGGUCAUUGGGAAGAUGUCCCUUACAUUGGUGGUCAUUGGGAAGAAUGCCCCUUACAUUGGUAGUCAGUGGGAAAAUGUCCCUUACAUUGGUGGCCAUUGGAGAGAUUGCCACUUACAUUGGUAGUCAGUGAGAAGAUGUCCCUUACUUUGGUAGCCAUUGGGAAGAAUUCCCCUUACAUUUGUAGUCAGUUGGAAGAUGUCCUUUACAGUGGUG